UAAAUUCCUAUAAAAAUGUUCAUCUUCUUUGUGCAGGAGCUGUCUGAGCCAUGCAUAGCUCUUUUUGAAAAAGUGGGUUUCCAAGGAAAAAAAAUAGAAUUCACUACAGAAAUCUUAAAUCUCCGGUUCCUGGGAUAUAAUCCUCGAAUAGCUUCAGUUCAAGUCCUUGGUGGCACAUGGGUAAUUUAUGAGCAUAGUAAUUACAGGGGACGUCAGAUAUUGCUGUCACCAAAUGAAAUUCCAGAUUGGUACAAACUGAGUGGCUGCUGUCAGAUAGGUUCUCUGAGACCUUUACUGCAGAAACGUGUGUACUUCAGGCUUCGGAACAAGGAAACAGGAAAGUUCAUGUCAACUGAUGGAAACUUGGACAAUUUGAAUCUUCUCAGAAUACAGGCUGCAGAAGAUGUAGACUUAGAUGAUCAAAUCUGGGUUUAUCAGGAUGGAUUCAUAAGAUGCCGGAUGGCAGAGGAUUGCUGCUUGACAAUUGUUGGAAAUCUUAUAACUCCUGGCUCUAAACUUGGUCUGUCGUUUGAGCGGAAUGAAGACAAACAGUAUUGGCAUAUUAGUCCCGAUGGCAGGAUUUACAGCAAGAUGAAACCUAAGCUGGUUUUAGAUAUCAAAGGGGGCACACAAUACGAUCGUGAUCAUGUUGUUGUCAACACAGUCAAUGAAGAAAAGUUAUCACAGUGCUGGGAACCACUGGUUGUGUAAUUCUGAAUGAGAAAGGUGAUGUCUGAAUUGGGCACUGUUCUGGACACUAGAAUUGGCACUGCCAGCUUUGAAGGAUGCAUGAUCAAGAGUUCUGUCUUUUCAGCUUUACAAAGAACAAGCAACGGAAUGAUUUCAUAUCUCUCUACCGAACAUAAUUAACCCUAUAAAAGCUUGGGUAUCUCUCAACCUUUUUUUAAAUCAUUGCAACUCUGUGAGAUAGAGAACAGUAGCAUGCUUCAGAGCAGUGGGGAAGAACCAGAGGUGGGAGAGGCCCCAGAGUUACAAUCACAUCAGUGAGUACUUAAUCCAGAACAGUCAAGAAGUGUAAUUUUAAAUUAUUUUUAAAGGUUUUUUUUUUUUAACUAAGGGCUAAAAUAAUUAAAGCUUAUUUUAUAAAGGACAGGAGUGCAAUGUGUAUACGGUAUAGCAGUUUAAGCCUAGUGGCUGAUUAGUAUAGAAGAAUAUUCAUUACUGAAAAUUUAAUAUAUUUGUCUCACUGUAACAAACAUGUUUACUGAAAGCUUAAGACCACUAGCAAACAGCUGAUCCAAAGAAUUUUUAACAAGUGGUUUCAAAUAUAGUUAGUAUGCUAAAGCAGUAAGUCUUAAAUUAAGAAGAUAAAUAAUCUAGAUUAUUUUCUCAUGUAGAAUGAGGAUAUGAAUGAAUAGAUGGUUGUUAGAAAAAGAGAGGGCUGACAAAAGAACUUACCAGAAUGUGAAGAACUUGCCUGCCCACUUCCUAAGCUGCCUUAUUUUUUGUUACAUAUAUUUGACUUCUUUGCCAAGACAUUUUAUCUUUUAAAAUAGCUCCAGUAAGUACUGUCUUCCUGAACUCUAGAAUCAUUUCCUAUAUAGAAAAAAGAAUUCUUAAGGAAACUAUCAAUAACUAUGACUGCAAAAGCACCUAAGCACCAUGGUUACCAGACCUUUUAGCCACCAACUUUUGGCCUAUGCUCUGGCUUGCUGUGUUAGUUUUCCAUAAUAAUAUUGGCAGAAAAGUAAAAUAUGAAAAAACUUUUGUAUUAUGCUGCUGUGUUUUGUUUUGGCUUAGCUCACUGUUAUUACAUGCUGCUCCCAGGAGCACCCAGGCCUUUGUCUUGCACAGUAAGUCUGUUCAAAAGUAACAUUUUCAUUACUAUUGUGUUGUCUCAAAGGACACUGGUGCUUGCAUUGUCACCACCCCAGAGGAAGUGCCUUACUAAUUUUCCUCCUGUACAGAAGUACUGAAGUUUUAUCGCUCUGAAAUGUGCUGCUUUUAGUUCUUCAUAGAAGAUAUGUUGUUAUUGGUUUCAAAUAGUGGUACUUUGUCAUACCAGUGUGCUCUCGCUAUAUGUAAUAUAGCAUUUCACAAAUAAAUUUAAGUUAGAUAACAACUUACUGAAGUUAUUUUUAAGUUAA